AUGCCAAAUUUCAGAAUAUGGUUUAUAGCACCAAUAGUUUUUAAAACUUCGUCGUACGUGAUUUGUCUGAUGGUUCUAAUAACGAAAUGUAAUCACAUCGAAAAUAGUACUAGAAUAUUCAUAGCAACUUGUUAUAAACUGCAAGACAUGGUGAAACGAAUCUCAGCUACUAGAAAGCUACCAGAGCAUUUUGUUCAAAGCAAUGAAAAUAAAGAUAAAAAUAACGAAUUCGAGAAAACUUCGAAAAUUAAUAUUUCACAAAAUAUUAUUAUUCAAAAUAAUGAUGAUGGACCUCACUACAAAGGAGAUGAAGUAGACACAAAUAUUUUACAACAUAAAGAAGAUUAUACUGUAUCUGAGAAAAGUAGUGAUACAAAUAAACUGGAAGAAGAACAAGAGGAAAAAACUGUAGAAAUCCGAGAAACUAAUGGAAAGAAAAGAAGAAGAAAUUCUGUUAAUUAG